UUGACAGCAUUUGUUCACCAUUUUCGCAAGCGGGGAUAGUUUACUUGAGUGAGAUAAACUAAAAAAGUAUUUUUAAUCUAAAAUACGCCAAUAAAUCAGCACAAUGGAUAUCCGCCCGAAUCAUACGAUUUACAUCAACAAUCUCAACGAGAAAAUUAAGAAGGAAGAGCUGAAGAAGUCGCUUUACGCAAUCUUUUCCCAGUUCGGACAAAUCAUGGAUAUAGUGGCGUUGAAAACGCUCAAGAUGCGUGGCCAAGCGUUUAUCAUAUUCAAGGAGAUCGGAAGCGCCAACAAUGCGAUGCGAACGAUGCAAGGGUUCCCCUUCUACGACAAACCAAUGCGCAUCAACUACUCCAAAACGGACAGCGAUGUGAUCGCAAAAAUAAAGGGCACCUACAAAGAGCGCCCGAAGAAGGCGAAAGCGCCGAAGCCGGCUCAGAGCGAGGAAAAGAAAUCCAAGAAGCAGAAGAAUGCCGAAUCUGGUGCGGCAACAAACAGUUCCGCUACGGCUGAACAACCACCCAAUCAGAUUCUUUUCCUGACUAACCUGCCGGAGGAAACCAACGAGAUGAUGUUGUCUAUGUUGUUCAACCAAUUCCCGGGCUUCAAGGAGGUUCGUUUGGUCCCGAAUCGACACGACAUUGCGUUCGUGGAGUUCGCUACGGAACUGCAGAGCGGUGCCGCCCGUGAAGCUCUGCAAGGCUUCAAGAUUACGCCGACCCACGCGAUGAAGAUAUCGUUCGCUAAAAAGUAAGCGCGAACCGGUGACUGGUGGCCGGAUGAGCAGACGGAUCACGGGAGCUGGCCUACCGUUCUCGGGUAGGUUUUAAAAGUAUUUAACGUAAUAUGUAUGAAUGUGGAUCAAUAAAAACCAUGCAAAAAGCAUUGCACUCCGCUUUCAUGGUUUUGUUGCGGUUGGGCGAUGACUUUUUUUGUUGAAAAUGGGG